UGGAUCCAAUACUCCACUCUCCACUAGUCUGUUUCACUAACAUUCCCUGGAUCCGAUACUCCACUAGUCUGUUUCACUAAUAUUCACUGGAUCCAAUAUUCCACUAGUCUGUUUCACUAACAUUCACUGGAUCCAAUACUCCACUCUCCACUAGUCUGUUUCACUAAUAUUCCCUGGAUCCAAUACUCCACUCUCCACUAGUCUGUUUCACUAACAUUCACUGGAUCCAAUACUCCACUCUCCACCAGUCUGUUUCACUAAUAUUCACAGGAUCCAAUACUCCACUAGUCUGUUUCACUAACAUUCACUGGAUCCAAUACUCCACUCUCCACUAGUCUGUUUCACUAACAUUCACUGGAUCCAAUACUCCACUCUCCACUAGUCUGUUUCACUAACAUUCCCUGGAUCCAAUACUCCACUCUCCACUAGUCUGUUUCGCUAACAUUCCCUGGAUCCAAUACUCCACUCUCCACGAGUCUGUUUCACUAAUAUUCACUGGAUCCAAUACUCCACUAGUCUGUUUCACUAACAUUCCCUGGAUCCAAUAUUCCACUCUCCACUAGUCUGUUUCACUAACAUUCACUGGAUCCAAUUCUCCACUCUCCACUAGUCUGUUUCACUAACAUUCACUGGAUCCAAUUCUCCACUCUCCACUAGUCUGUUUCACUAAUAUUCACUGGAUCAAAUACUCCUAGUCUGUUUAACUAAUAUUCACUGGAUCCAAUUCUCCACUCUCCACUAGUCUGUUUCACUAAUAUUCACUGGAUCAAAUACUCCUAGUCUGUUUCACUAAUAUUCACUGGAUGCAAUACUCCCUUCUCCACUAGUCUGUUUCACUAACAUUCACUGGAUCCAAUUCUCCACUCUCCACUAGUCUGUUUCACUAACAUUCACUGGAUCCAAUACUCCUCUCUUCACUAGUCUGUCUCACUAACAUUCACUGGAUCCAAUACUCCACUCCCCACUAGUCUGUUUCACUAACAUUCCCUGGAUCUAAUACUCCACUCUCCACUAGUCUGUUUCACUAACAUUCACUGGAUCCAAUUCUCCACUCUCCACUAGUCUGUUUCACUAAUAUUCACUGGAUCCAAUUCUCCACUCUCCACUAGUCUGUUUCACUAAUAUUCCCUGGAUCAAAUACUCCUAGUCUGUUUCACUAAUAUUCAUUGGAUCCAAUACUCCACUAGUCUGUUUCACUAACAUUCACUGGAUCCAAUACUCCACUCUCCACUAGUCUGUUUCACUAACAUUCACUGGAUCCAAUACUCCACUCCCCACUAGUCUGUUUCACUAACAUUCCCUGGAUCUAAUACUCCACUCUCCACUAGUCUGUUUCACUAACAUUCACUGGAUCCAAUUCUCCACUCUCCACUAGUCUGUUUCACUAACAUUCACUGGAUCCAAUAUUCCACUAGUCUGUUUCACUAACAUUCACUGGAUCCAAUACUCCACUCUCCACUAGUCUGUUUCACUAAUAUUCCCUGGAUCCAAUACUCCACUCUCCACUAGUCUGUUUCACUAACAUUCACUGGAUCCAAUACUCCACUCUCCACCAGCCUGUUUCACUAAUAUUCACAGGAUCCAAUACUCCACUAGUCUGUUUCACUAACAUUCACUGGAUCCAAUACUCCACUCUCCACUAGUCUGUUUCACUAACAUUCACUGGAUCCAAUACUCCACUCUCCACUAGUCUGUUUCACUAACAUUCCCUGGAUCCAAUACUCCACUCUCCACUAGUCUGUUUCGCUAACAUUCCCUGGAUCCAAUACUCCACUCUCCACGAGUCUGUUUCACUAAUAUUCACUGGAUCCAAUACUCCACUAGUCUGUUUCACUAACAUUCACUGGAUCCAAUUCUCCACUCUCCACUAGUCUGUUUCACUAACAUUCACUGGAUCCAAUUCUCCACUCUCCACUAGUCUGUUUCACUAAUAUUCACUGGAUCAAAUACUCCUAGUCUGUUUCACUAAUAUUCACUGGAUGCAAUACUCCCUUCUCCACUAGUCUGUUUCACUAACAUUCACUGGAUCCAAUUCUCCACUCUCCACUAGUCUGUUUCACUAACAUUCACUGGAUCCAAUACUCCUCUCUCCACUAGUCUGUCUCACUAACAUUCACUGGAUCCAAUACUCCACUCCCCACUAGUCUGUUUCACUAACAUUCCCUGGAUCUAAUACUCCACUCUCCACUAGUCUGUUUCACUAACAUUCACUGGAUCCAAUUCUCCACUCUCCACUAGUCUGUUUCACUAAUAUUCCCUGGAUCCAAUACUCCACUCUCCACUAGUCUGUUUCACUAACAUUCCCUGGAUCCGAUACUCCACUAGUCUGUUUCACUAAUAUUCACUGGAUCCAAUAUUCCACUAGUCUGUUUCACUAACAUUCACUGGAUCCAAUACUCCACUCUCCACUAGUCUGUUUCACUAAUAUUCCCUGGAUCCAAUACUCCACUCUCCACUAGUCUGUUUCACUAACAUUCACUGGAUCCAAUACUCCACUCUCCACCAGUCUGUUUCACUAAUAUUCACAGGAUCCAAUACUCCACUAGUCUGUUUCACUAACAUUCACUGGAUCCAAUACUCCACUCUCCACUAGUCUGUUUCACUAACAUUCACUGGAUCCAAUACUCCACUCUCCACUAGUCUGUUUCACUAAUAUUCACUGGAUCCAAUACUCCACUAGUCUGUUUCACUAACAUUCCCUGGAUCCAAUAUUCCACUCUCCACUAGUCUGUUUCACUAACAUUCACUGGAUCCAAUUCUCCACUCUCCACUAGUCUGUUUCACUAACAUUCACUGGAUCCAAUUCUCCACUCUCCACUAGUCUGUUUCACUAAUAUUCACUGGAUCAAAUACUCCUAGUCUGUUUAACUAAUAUUCACUGGAUCCAAUUCUCCACUCUCCACUAGUCUGUUUCACUAAUAUUCACUGGAUCAAAUACUCCUAGUCUGUUUCACUAAUAUUCACUGGAUGCAAUACUCCCUUCUCCACUAGUCUGUUUCACUAACAUUCACUGGAUCCAAUUCUCCACUCUCCACUAGUCUGUUUCACUAACAUUCACUGGAUCCAAUACUCCUCUCUUCACUAGUCUGUCUCACUAACAUUCACUGGAUCCAAUACUCCACUCCCCACUAGUCUGUUUCACUAACAUUCCCUGGAUCUAAUACUCCACUCUCCACUAGUCUGUUUCACUAACAUUCACUGGAUCCAAUUCUCCACUCUCCACUAGUCUGUUUCACUAAUAUUCCCUGGAUCCAAUACUCCACUCUCCACUAGUCUGUUUCACUAACAUUCACUGGAUCCAAUACUCCACUCUCCACCAGUCUGUUUCACUAAUAUUCACAGGAUCCAAUACUCCACUAGUCUGUUUCACUAACAUUCACUGGAUCCAAUACUCCACUCUCCACUAGUCUGUUUCACUAACAUUCACUGGAUCCAAUACUCCACUCUCCACUAGUCUGUUUCACUAACAUUCACUGGAUCCAAUACUCCACUCUCCACUAGUCUGUUUCACUAACAUUCCCUGGAUCCAAUACUCCACUCUCCAAUAGUCUGUUUCACUAACAUUCACUGGAUCCAAUACUCCACUCUCCACUAGUCUGUUUCACUAACAUUCACUGGAUCCAAUACUCCACUCUCCACUCAUCUGUUUCACUAACAUCCACGGGAUCCAAUACUCCUCUAGUCUGUUCAGCUUAAUUUCAUCUUUUGGUUUUAUGGCGUAUGGGACAGGUCUAGCUUUGAAGCAUUUUGGCUUGCUGUCUGGUUUCACGGUCAGUUUAACUUUUAUGUCCUUCAUACUGCCAAGUUCUCGUUUGAACAAAUCCGCUUGUUUCCUCAAUAUCCCUUGUAGGUUUGUGUCCUCUUUUGCAAUCUUUUUGCAAUGUGAACUUCCUGCCAGUUUAGUUUGAUAUUUUCCAGCCGUGUGCGUCCUAGCAAUGCUGGAUGGUUGCCUUUGACGAUGUAGAGUGGUAGCUUUACCUUCUGUUUGUUGAGCUCCCCUGUAACAAUCACGCUUCCUCUCACUGAAGUCUGUCCACUUGCAUCCGUACUGCGUUUCCAUCCAGCAGCGGUGUCACCCAGUACCCGUAUCCAUUGUCUGAAAUGGACAAAACAUGCAAAGAUUAUUCCCCUUCAGACAGGGUAUCACUUUGUUCAUCCUCUGUGUGCUCCAUUUUAUGCACUUUCUUUUUGUCUUCCUGAAGUCACUUUUCCUUUGUUCAGUACUUUUGUUUGAUUGUGUCUUUUUAUUUUAUAUGCACGUUCAAUGUGACCCUUUUUCCACAAUUUCUGCAGUCUAAGACCAAGUCUUUGCACCAACACUCACUCCUCUGCUUGGCGACUUCUGCCUUUAUUCCAUUUGCCAACACAAAGUACUGUGUCCAUUCUGUGUAAGAACUCCAACAACUCCAUUGUUCCACAGAUUGAUCAAAUGUUCCUUUGUUUCCAAUCAAUGCAGACAUUUUUAGUUUAUUUUUCUUUCUCACACUUUUCAGACGGUCCCUUACUCCCAGACCCCCUUUUUUUCCCUUUUAACUCACGCUGACUUCACUUUCUUCUGCAGUGAAACUCUUCCUAUCCCUCAAGGCUUUUAGUUGUCAUGACAUCAAAGGCUAGCUAGCAUCACUCGACUGGCUCCACGUUUCUUUUGCAUCUUUCUACGGCGUAUUACUUCUAGAUGUCGGCCUAUUUCAAGUUUUCAUAACAAUCGUAAAUCGUUAUUUUUGGACACCGAUUUGGCGGAUCUUUAAAAAAAAAUGUUUUGUAUUUUUUUUUACACCUUUUUAUUUAACUAGGCAAGUCAGUUAAGAACACAUUGUUAUUUUCAAUGACGGCCAGGAACGGUGGGUUAACUGACUUGUUCAUGGGCAGAACGACAGAUUCUUACCGUGUCAACUCGGGGAUUCAAUCUUUGCAACCUUACGGUUAACUAGUCUAAUGCUCUAACCACCUGCUUUACAUUGCACUCCACGAGGAGACUGCCUGUUACGCGAAUGCAGUAAGAAGCCAAGGUACACCCUGUAGUGAAAGAGGGGAGGGAAAGAAGAAGGGGCGUCCUGAAGAGCAGGAGCUCAGGAGUAUCCCUGCUAACAUGAUGGUCCAGUGGAAGGAGGAGUUUAAGAAGAGGUCCAGGGUAACGUGUCCUGGCUCAGGCUGCUGGUUAGAGUUCCCCAGCAUCUACGGUCUCAAAUACCACUACCAACGCUGCCAGGGGGUGACCCUAGCAGAGAGGUUGAGUCAUGACUGUCCGGACUGUAAGGCGGUGUUUGCCACUAAGGUCAGCCUCCAAAAGCACAAGCUGUGGAACCACCCCAUCGAGACCAAGGCUGGGCCCAAACUACACAAGACCCCCGUGAAGGGGACCGCCAAGAAAAGGCCUAUGGAGAACACUCCACUGUUGCCUGUGUUCUUCAAAGUCAAAAAGACCCAGGAGGUGUCUAGUCCCUCCCAGAACGGGGAGUGUGGCCCCCAGAGGGGAGAGAGGAAACAGCACCCACACCCCCAGCCCCCUCAGCAGCGGGCCUCCUCAUCUGACACCUCCCCCAACACCCCGGGGGGCAGCGAGAGCGAAGAUGAGGGGAGCAGUCUACUCCCACCAUACCCCAAUGAAGACCAUGAGAGGACAAGGCACAGACGGAAGCAGAAAACUCCUAAGAAGUUCACUGGAGAGCAACCCUCUAUCUCGGGGACGUUCGGACUGAAAGGUAUGAACAAGGUAGAGGAGAAGUUGAAGGCUGGUCGUGUGAAGAGAUUAGAGGGGGGUCUGUUCAGCGAGGAGCCCCAGAGGAAGCACCCUGGUCCAGCCUCCAGGAGAGACCUACCACCCCUCACCUCUGCAGAGGCCCAGUGGCAGCAUGCCAUCUCAGAGCGGGGGGAGGUGCUCUGUCCUACCUGCUCCAUUAUCACCAGAAAGACCAUCUCGGGCCUCAAGAAGCACAUGGAGAUCUGCCGAAAGCUCCAGGAUGCCCUGAAGUGCCAGCAAUGCCAGAAACAGUUCAGGUCCAAGGCCGGACUCAACUACCAUACAAUGUCUGAGCACAGCAGCGAGGCUUUGGGGAGCGAGGACCAGAUGGAGGAUGUGCAGGAGGAGAGAGAGAGGCUGCGUAGAGUGCUCAAACAGACGGGACGAAUCAAGUGUCCUAGGGAGAGCUGCUCAGCCCAUUUUUUCAGCCUGAUGGGAUACCAAUACCAUCAGAAGCGCUGUGGCAGACAGCUAUCAGAGGAGGACAAGCCUGUAUUUCUGUGUCAGCACUGUGGGAAGACCUACCGCUCUAAGACUGGCAGAGACUACCACCUCUGCACUGAACACCCCACCACUAACAACAAUACCACCGGCAGAGGGAUGAGAACAGAGGAGGGACAGCCUGCAGGAAGGAGGGAACAGAACCACAUGGAGAGAGAGAAGGAUGGGAGAGAGAGGGAGAGAGAGAGGAAAGACAACGAAAAGGGUCAGGAGUUGUCUGCGGGUAGGGAGAAGGAUGGGAGAGAGAGGGAGAGAGACAGGAAGGACAACGAAAAGGGUCAGGAGUUGUCUGCGGGUAGGGAGAAGGAUGGGAGAGAGAGGGAGAGAGACAGGAAGGACAACGAAAAGGGUCAGGAGUUGUCUGCGGGUAGGGAGAAGGAUGGGAGAGAGAGGGAGAGAGACAGGAAGGACAACGAAAAGGGUCAGGAGUUGUCUGCGGGUAGGGAGAAGGAUGGGAGAGAGAGGGAGAGAGACAGGAAGGACAACGAAAAGGGUCAGGAGUUGUCUGCGGGUAGGGAGAAGGAUGGGAGAGAGAGGGAGAGAGAGAAGAAAGACAACGAAAGGGGUCAGGAGUUGUCUGCGGGUAAGGAGAAGGAUGGGAGAGAGAGGGAGAGAGACAGGAAGGACAACGAAAAGGGUCAGGAGUUGUCUGCGGGUAGGGAGAGAGAUGGGAGAGAGAGGGAGAGAGAGGGGCUGGGGGAGGACUUUGAGAGGACUCCUAGUGGUAGGGUGAGACGUCGGUCUGCCCAGGUAGCAGUGUUCCACCUGCAGGAGAUAGCAGAAGAUGAACUGGACAAGGACUGGGGCACCAAGCGAGACGACCUGGUACCGGACAGCAAGAGGGUAAGACAUACACAGGUACAUACACACAUACAAACACAUUUAACAUGUGGUCCCUGUCUUCCUCCCCCAGUUGAACUACACUCGUCCUGGUCUUCCCAUGUUCAGUCCCAAGCUGCUGGAGAGCUGGAAGAACGAGGUCAAAGAGAAGGGCUUCAUCUGCUGCUCCAACGGAGUGUCUGUGUUGUUGUUCCUCUCUGUUUUCAGAGCUGUGAAGCUGUUUACUCCAGUGUGUCGGGACUCAAAGCUCAUCUAGCCAACUGUAACCAGGCAGAGGGCGAUGCAGGGAAGUACACCUGCUUACUGUGCCAGAAGGAAUUCAGCUCAGAGAGUGGUGUCAAAUACCACAUCAGCAAGACCCACUCUCAGAACUGGUUCCGAGCCUUCAGCCACAUGUUGCCCAGCAGCAGCAGGAGCAAACCGCCAGACUACCAAGGGAAAACGGAGGUCAAGAACGGAGCCACCAUGGGAAAGAAGAGAGACCGCAAGCCCAAAGAGCGCCCCCCUGAGGCCACCCCCGUCCAAACAAACACUUUUUUCAGCACCACCCAAAACUCAACCCCCACCCUGAACAUGGGCCAGACCCCGGUCCUGACAGAGACAGGAAACCCAGGGAGCCUGACGCUAAACAGACGGCCCAACCAACCCACCACACGGAGGAGUAAGCCCAAGUGGGUGCCCCCUCCCCCCGAGUAGCUCUGCUUUCAACCCAAGAGCCAGAGAGGCUAUGUCUAUCUAUCCACAUUACGCCAGUAAGCUCAAGGAUGUUUUGGAUACCUCAAGGACUGGCGGACAGAGAAAACUAAAAACAACUGCACUCAGAUCUUUGUGUUUUAAAUAUACUGUAUACAGUUUGUGUCUCCUGGUAUAUGUUGAUAUGUUUAUUUAGUUUCCUCCAUUCCAUUUCCAAGCAUCAUUUCAGUUAAACUAUUGACAACAGGGGUUCAUUGUUAUCAACGUUAUAGUCCUCCUCUGUGUAAAAAUGUAUUUUUCUAAACAAAAGUGUUUGCAUUUUCCCUCUACAUGUCUUUAGUUUCAUGUUGUGUUUGAGAGAUUUUUCAAAUGAUAUUCUAUUAGGAUAGUGAGGUGAUACUAUAUCUAUCUAUAUACAGUAUAUAUAUAUAGUCAAAGCAAUGACGUCAUCCCUCUUUCUUCAAGGCAGGAAGGUCAAAUUUGGUCCAAAGCGAUCCCACUCCUUUUCAUUUUUGUUGUUUUACACUUUAACGUCUUUUGUUUGUUUUAUUGUGUCAGCUGAAUGUCAGCUGAAUGUCAGCUGAAUGUCAGCUGAAUGUCGAAGUCGAGAGGUUGUUUUGAUAAUGAUAAUGUCUCUUUGUUUUCUUUGGCUUUUCUUUUCAAAAUUAGUGAAAGACCACAUACAUCAUACAUCACAUCACUGUGUCCUAAUGCUCUGGCUAAGUCUUUGUUUCAAUUACACUGAAAUGUAGGAAAUUUGCACCAUUUUCACAAAAUGAUAUGAGAUUUUAUCGAAUAUUGGUGACAGUAAUUAGACCUUGGGGCAUAUGAUUGGGGAUGUUAACACAAACAUCGACACUAAAAUCUAUAUCUACACUCAAGCAAUGUAAACAGCAUAUCCACAAAGUUUGAAGAUGUGUAGAUUUAGUUUAAUAUAAGUUUUGCCAUUGGACCUCAUAGUCUGAAUUAAAUGUGGGAAUGUUGUAGUAAUUGUUCCCAUUUAAAAUGGACGAAGCUAGAAUUUUCCUAGGACUGUCUGGGAGUCGGGAGAGGAAGACAGAGGUUUGGAACUCUCUUUGUUAGUGGUGUAUUAACCAAUUUAGCUUUUUUUAAAGUAAAAAAAAACAAGUUUAAGUUACUUUAAUCUUUUAGGAAAUGUAAAAACCUAAAAUGAAGGCUUAGAUGUUGUUAUGUAUAUGGACAGAUUCCCGGUCAUUAAUUGUCUUGCACUUUAACCCCUUUCCUCUCUUCCCCCCAUUUAGUCUUUUUGCACAUGAAGAGCAGAGAAAAAUACUUUACGCUCCGGGAAGAAAAUGAUUUAUAAUCAGCCUAAAUGUUUACCUUAAGAAUGAUGCGUAAAGACACAAAACUGCCCGUAGAUCAGCUUCUAAGAGGCAGCUUCACCCUACUCCAACCUAAACCUCCUAUAUGGAGGGUUGUAACCCAGGACUGUAAAAUGAAACAAGAACAUUUAGAUCUCUGUGUCCCGGUUCAAUGAGUAGAUAACAGGUCCACCUAACUAAGCUGAUCCUCAGAAAUGCUACACAUUUUAGGCUGUUCUGCCAGUCGAAUAUUUCAGCGUAAAAGGAAAUUACGUUUUAAAUGAAAUGUCUUUAAUUUAUGAAAAUGCUAAUGUGCAAUAAGCUCAUUUUAAUAUUUUAUCCAUAAUACAUACUUAAAGCAGAUACUUGAAUUCACAAAACAAUUGUAAUACUUUGAUUUAAGUAAAAUGUCAUGACAUUUUUUAUGUAUAUUUAUAUCAAUAGAGCAGAAUAUCUCUCUCAAAGCAGCAGACCUCUUUUAUAAUCACGUAUGUAUAUUAUCUAGUUAAUCUGAAAGUGGUGGCAGUUUGUGAAAAGGUUAAGUUGACAUGGUUACUCGAAUUGCUGCAAAGAAUCCACUACUAAAGGACACCAAUAAUAAGAAGAGAGUUGCUUGGGCCAAGAAACACGAGCAAUGGACAUUAUGGACUGGCGGAAAUGUGUCCUUUGGUCCGAUGAUUCCAAAUCGGAGAUUUUUGGUUCCAACCGCCGUGUCUUUGAAAGAUGCAGAGUAGGUGAACAGGUGAUCUCUGCAUGUGUGGUUCCCACCGUGAAGCAUGGAGGAGGAGUUGUGAUGUUGUGGAGGUGCUUUGCCGGUAACACUGUCUGAUUUAUUUAAAAUUGAAAGCACACUUACCAGCAUGGAUACCGCAGCGAUACACCAUCCCAUCUGUUUUGUGCUUAGUGGGACUAUCAUUUGUUUUUCAACAGGACAGUAACCCAAAACACACCUCCAGUCUGUGUUAGGGCUAUUUGACAAAGAAGGAGAGUGAUGGAGUGAGUGCUGCAUCAGAUGACCUGGCCUCCACAAUCACCCGACCUCAACCCAACUGAGAUGGUUAGGGAUAAGUUGGACCGCAGAGUGAAGGAAAAGCAGCCAACAAGUGCUCAGCAUAUGUGGGAACUCCUUCAAGACGGUUGGAAAAGCAUUCCUCUUGAAGCUGGUUGAGAGAAUACCAACAGUAUGCAAAGCUGUCAUCAGGGCAAAGGGUGGCUACUUUGAAGAUAUAAAAUAUUUAACACUGUUUUGGUUACUACAUGAUUCCAUAUGUGUUAUAUCAUAGUUUUGAUGUCCUCACUAAUUAUUCUACAAUGUAGAAAAUAGUGAAAAUAAAGAAAAACCCUUCAGUGGUGUGUCCACACUAUGGACUGGUACCAUAUCUUCAUACUUCACCCUAUCAGUCUUCCGAGAUGAUGUGGAGAACACAUAUAUCCUGUUUGAGCGUAGAAUACAGCAGCAACUGCAAAAAUAGGUUUACACCAUAUUUUGUUGUAAUUUACUCAUUUAAUGGCACAUUGUUUUCACCUACCCUAUCCCUUUGUUUGUUUGCUUAAGAAAUUGUUCUUUUAUUUUUUUCUCAGUGAUAACAAUAGUUAGUUGAAGUUCAUCAAAUGCCAUGGGAUGUUGAAAUACAUUGUUUUAAUAAGUUUGAUAAUGCACAUUAAAUGUUGAUUUUCAGGACACAAUUAUUGAGAAUCCGUUUGUCGAUAUCUAAGGAUCAACAAGGAGGCGUAUCUGUGUUUGUUUCUCUAAUUAGUGCACUUACUACCCCUUGAAAUAGGCGUGUUGUCGCCUGAGCUUUUUAGUAGUCUGGACUGUGUGACUUUUGUACCUGGGGAGUCUAUAGGCUAAGAUGCCUUCCUUUUUUUCACAAAUGUUAUUUUCCUCACUUUAAUGUUUUAUCUCAAAAACAUUUACAAUUUCAACAAGUUUUAGAUAAAUCUUUGUUCUGAAAAUGUACCAUUAUAGACUGGAUACAAAACAUGUGGUGAUGGGUUAUGUUGAGGAGAAUACUUAGUUCUGAGAAAAUGUUUUGCCGAUGUUGAAGUUGAUCUGAUCAGAAGCUAUAUCCUAUAACUAGUGAGGCACCACACCUUUUGAAUCUGAACUGUUAAAAAAACGUUUUUUAAAUGUUGUUUACCUGUGCAUUAUUACCCCUCAACUAAUUAAUAAAAAUGUUGUUGACUCAG